GUCGGAUGCCGAAUUCGCUGACGCGCUUCACCGACAGGCUCGUUUCUCGCAGGAAUGGAAUGGUACUAGCAGUGAAAGCCAUAACUUAGGAAUGGAAACUGGAUGCAGAUGUUUCAUUUUGAGUCAGUAUCUGUGGAUUUGACGCGGUAACAGUUUCAACAUAAUUCAAGAUUAAAGUGUCCUGUUUGUGUGAAGAGCGGAAGCUAAUUAGCCGCUAGCCUGAAACUACCAGUCAGGCUGCCGUUAGCCUGCCGAGCUAGUUAGCCUGCUGCAACAACAGAGACAAAAACAGAGCAGACAUGGUCGAAACUAUAUUUGACCUCCCCGUGGAGAAGCAGAUAUUUUAUGCUGUUUUGGGGUUCUCGUGGACAGUAUAUCUUUGGGAGGCAUAUCUUUCUUACAGACAGCGGAGGAUAUAUAGAUCAACAACACAUGUACCACAGGAGCUAGGAAAGAUCAUGGACUCUGAAACAUUUGAGAAGUCACGUCUUUAUCAGCUGGAUAAAAGCAACUUCAGUUUUUGGUCUGGACUCUAUUCUGAGACUGAAGGGACGUUGAUCCUGUUGCUCGGUGGAAUCCCAUUUCUGUGGGGUGUUGCUGGUUCUGUGACAGCUCGCUUUGGAUUCAGUCCAGACUAUGAGAUCACCCAGUCCCUUGUGUUUCUGACGCUUGCAACGCUGUUCAGUGCCUUCACUGGACUUCCCUGGAGUUUGUACAACACAUUUGUCAUUGAGGAGAAGCACGGCUUUAAUCAGCAGACGUUAGGGUUCUUCCUCAAAGAUGCUGUGAAGAAGUUUGUUGUGACCCAGUGUAUCCUGCUUCCUGUGACCUCGCUGCUCCUGUACAUCAUAAAGAUUGGUGGAGACUACUUCUUCAUCUACGCGUGGCUUUUUACACUAGCAGUUUCUCUGGUACUCGUAACCAUCUAUGCUGACUACAUUGCUCCCCUGUUUGACAAGUUCACUCCAUUGCCAGAAGGAGAGUUAAAGACGGAAAUUGAGACAAUGGCCAAGAGUAUAAGCUUUCCCCUCACCAAAGUUUAUGUAGUUGAAGGUUCCAAGCGUUCGUCACACAGCAAUGCGUACUUCUAUGGGUUCUUCAAGAACAAACGCAUCGUCCUGUUUGACACUCUGUUGGAGGACUACUCACCUCUCAAUAAGGCUGGAGAUCCACAGCCCGAACAGCCAGAGAGUGAAGAAACAUCCAGCGAGUCAAAGGCUAAGCCCAAGAACAAGAAACAAGGAUGCAACAACCCAGAGAUUCUUGCAGUUUUGGGCCAUGAGCUUGGUCACUGGAAGCUUGGACACACUGUCAAGAAUAUUGUCAUCAGUCAGAUGAAUUCCUUCCUGUGUUUCUCCCUAUUUGCGGUUCUGAUUGGACGUAAGGAGCUGUUUGUAGCUUUUGGCUUCACUGACAGCCAACCCACAUUAAUCGGCUUGAUGAUUAUCUUCCAGUUCAUCUUUUCUCCUUACAAUGAGCUCCUGUCCUUCUGUCUGACAGUCCUGAGUCGCAGGUUUGAGUUCCAGGCAGAUGCCUUUGCACGUGCAAUGGGCAAAGCCUCAGAGCUCUACUCUGCCCUCAUCAAACUCAAUAAGGACAACCUGGGCUUCCCCGUGGCUGACUGGUUGUUCUCCAUGUGGCACUAUUCCCACCCUCCUCUGCUCGAGCGUCUCAGAGCGUUGGGCAGCGUCAAGCAAGACUGACGGGGCUGCAAGGGGGGGCGGCGAUCGCUGCCUCCUCCCAAGGGCCUCCGCAAACCGCUCCUGGCCCUGUGAUGCACCCUGCUUUUUUUCUCCAUGUCUGCCCCCCUCCUCCCAUCUAGUUUUAUCUAAUUUGAGCCUUUUCUUCACUUGCCAUUCUUUCCAUUUUGCUCCCUUUGAAACUUUAUUUUAAACAAAACCAAAACAUAUCAGCACUGGGCAGCCUAAAAAUUGUAAGCCUGUACUGUCUCUUUCUCACCUGUCAUGCACUUGCUGUGAGCAAUACAUCUGGACAAUGUGUGUUUAAAAAAAGCUAUCGUCAGAUUUCACAGAUGGACCUGAUAGUUUUAUUUUAGAAAUUCUUUUAUUUUUGCACAAUUUAAUUAUAAUUUUAUUUUUUUUUAUAAAUGAAAGGAAUGACGAUAACCUACAAAAACUUUCUAGACUGUAGACGUUACUGUUGUGAUGCAGACAAGACAUCCUACUAUUAAAUGUUUAAGAAUCAUUUUUAAUGCAUACUUUAUGAUUAAUCCUGCAGCAUGUUAUGAAUUUUAUGGGUUAAAAAAACUCCAUACAUACUUGUGACAGUGCUUUUUACAGAUACACAGGCCAGAUUAAGAUUUGUCUCUCAAGUGCAACUGUUGUUCCUUUGCCACUAUUUCCAGUCAAUUUCAAGAGAGUAUUCCUUCUUCUAGUCAUCCACUCAAAAUCAAAUUUAUGUUAGAGCACCUCUGCAGAUGCUUUGUCACAGUGACAAAACGUGAGUGCCUCUAAUUAUCUCUUUUUGAUGGACACGUCGUGGAUAGGGCAGUGCAGAAAGUUUCAUUUGAAAAUAGAUUAGACUUGUGAUUUUUAUUUUCUGGAUAUAAUUGGGGAAUGUUGUUUUACUUUUUCUGAAGCACUUGCUUGCCAUCAAGGGUCCAACCAUACCUGUAUAUAUGUAACUUUGGUGAUUAGAGUAAUGAUGUAUGAAGUGAAUUGUGAAAAAUGUUGAAUGUGGUUUGAAAUUUUAAGUUGACACGAUGUUUCUUAGUUUCUUCUCUUGGUUUUGGGCCAGUGUUGCCUGGCAAGCAAAGUAUUUAUAGGGGACCUGGAGGGGAGGGGAUCUGCAAGGUUCCUUUCACUACAUGAGCCAGAGUUUGGUUUGUUCAAAGAGGGGACUGUAUGCUUUCUUUGCAGCGUUGAAUAAAAUCCUUCAAAGCA